AUGGCCUCAAACAGAGCCCCUUACAGGCUCCUCAUAAUCAACCCAAACACUUCGACCCGUAUGACCGAAGCCCUCAAGCCAAUCGUCAACGGGGUAAAGCUCGGAGGUAACCCGGCCGCAGAAAUAUACAACGGAACUCGCGACGAGCUAUCAGACGAGCUGCCAGAGGUUCAAUUCGACUACUUCACAGCUCCCCAGGAGCCAACUGUAUCCGAAGGAAACAUCGUCGAAGGCAUACCGAGUAUAAACAACGUCAAGCAGUCGACACAAUCUGCUGAGCACUGUUUCCCGCAUCUCAAGCCGCUGGUAGGAGAGUACGACGGCUUUCUGGUAGCAUGCUACUCUCCCCAUCCGCUGGUCGGUAUGCUAAGGGGCGCAAUCGAAGAGCACAACUCAAAGCUCGCAGCAUCCGGCGAGAAACCACUGUGCAAAAAACGAUAUGUGACAGGCAUCAUGGACGCAAGCAUUCAGAUGAGCGCAUCUCUCGCAAACGGCGUUUCUCUGCACCAGCCUGUCGUCCCAGGGAAGUUUGGAAUCAUCACCACGGCCGACGAGUGGAAAGACGAGCUCGACACGGCAGCGAGAAACAUGCUACUAUCCAACGGAAGCAACCCAGACACGAUAUUCGCAGGCGUAGAGACGACGGGGCUCACGGCCGGUGAAUUGCACAGCGCUCCAGCGGACGUAGUCAGGUCCCGUAUCAUCAGCGCAACUGAACGACUGAAGCAAACUGCCGGUCCAUCACUGCGAGUGAUCAGUAUGGGAUGCGCGGCGAUGGCAGGGAUGGAAGAAGCUGUUCUCGAAGCAUUUGAUGCGAAGGAGCAGGUUACUGUAGUAGACGGCACUGCUGCUGGCGUUGUAGUUCUCCUUGGGCUGCGCAGAGAAAUAAUUACCAUCCAGGCCGGCCAGUGUGGCAACAACAUUGGGACGCAGUUCUGGCAGCAGCUCUGCCUCGAGCAUGGCAUCAACCAGGAUGGCAACCUAGAAGAGUUUGCAACAGAGGGAGGAGACCGCAAAGAUGUGUUUUUCUACCAGAGUGACGAUACGCGAUAUAUCCCCCGAGCCAUACUAAUCGACCUCGAACCCAGGGUCCUCAGUGCGAUCCAGAAUGGCCCGUACAGCAACAUCUACAACCCAGAGAACUUCUUUAUAGGCAAAGAUGGAAGCGGUGCUGGAAACAACUGGGCAGCUGGUUAUGCCACAGGUGAAUCUGUCCAAGAGGAGAUUUUCGACAUCAUCGAUCGAGAGGCGGACGGCAGUGAUUCCCUGGAGGGCUUCAUGCUUCUUCAUUCUAUUGCCGGCGGAACCGGAUCUGGUCUGGGGAGUUACAUUCUUGAACGGAUGAAUGACCGAUUUCCAAAGAAGUUAAUCCAGACGUAUUCGGUGUUUCCUGACACGCAGGCGGCAGACGUCGUUGUCAACCCUUACAACAGUCUCCUGACCAUGAGAAGACUGACGCAAAAUGCAGAUUCAGUAGUCGUGCUUGACAAUGGAGCGCUAUCGAGGAUCGCAGCCGAUAGGCUUCAUGUCCAAGAACCAUCCUUCCAGCAGACAAACCAGCUGGUUUCAACUGUAAUGUCCGCGUCUACCACCACCCUUCGGUAUCCAGGGUAUAUGCACAACGAUCUCGUUAGCGUGAUUGCAUCCCUCAUACCAAUUCCGCGGGCACACUUCCUGAUUACAUCAUACACGCCGUUCACUGGCGAUCAGGUCGAGCAGGCCAAGACGGUGCGGAAGACCACGGUACUGGACGUGAUGCGGAGACUGCUCCAGCCCAAGAACCGCAUGAUGUCGAUUACCCCGGGAAAAUCGAGCUGCUAUAUCAGCAUUCUGAACAUCAUCCAAGGUGAGGCGGACCAGACGGACGUGCACAAGUCUGUCCUGCGCAUCCGCGAGCGCCAUCUGGCAUCCUUCAUUCCCUGGGGUCCAGCGAGCAUCCAGGUAGCGAUCCCCAAGAAAUCGCCGUACCUCCAGAACACGCACCGGGUCAGCGGUCUCAUGCUGGCCAACCACACGUCCGUGGCAACGCUGUUCAAGCGCAUUGUCAGCCAGUACGACCGUCUGCGGAAGCGCAACGCCUUCCUGGAGCAGUACAAGAAGGAAGCGCCGUUUGCAGACGGGCUGGGCGAGUUCGACGAAGCGCGCGAGGUGGUGAUGGACCUGGUAGCUGAAUACGAAGCUGCGGAGAAACCGGACUAUCUAGGAGGAGGAGGGGCAGAGGGAGAUCAUGGAGACGACGGAUAA